CCUGCAGUGACAGAAUGGGUGAGGAGGACACGACACACUGCAGCAAAUAACAGGCGACAUGCAGGGCCACAGAAAGGGGCAGGGUGGGAGCUGCUGUUACCAAAGGUAGCCAAGAGGACAUGCACUGAGACUUGGCCAUUUAGGAAAGAGUUGAAGGAAGCCAGGGAAUGACUCUUGAAGCUGAGUGGGAGAGAAAGAGCCUUUGAGGCCCUGCACCUGCUAGUGUAAAGGCUCUGAGGUUGAAGUGGUAGUGUCCGUUUUCACUGGAGGGGAAAGGGGUGACACUGUGUUGAACAUAGGGCCAGGGGGUUUGGGCUAGGACCCAGACCACCCUGCUGCAGGUUGGUGUCCUAGAAGGACAUCUAGAAGGACAAGUCACGAUUCUCUGAGAUGGAGAAUGGAGGCAUCUUUGUGGGUCACCAGGCAUGGAGUCUCUGCUGGAGUAGUUCUGAUGUCACCCGGGGCUGGGCAGGCCAUGGUGGCACUCAGCACAGGUCAUAUUCUAUUAUCGUUGCUCGCUGUUUGUCCCAACAAGACCCAGCAGUGGGUCUUGAACCUGGCAGUGCCACAUAUUAAGGAAGAGAAGGGGGGGCAUAUAUCCAACCCCACCCCCCAGACUGUGCAUCCUGGGGACUCCCAGGUUGGGGGAGGCGAAACCAAUGGACGGGACUCCUCCCCCUCGUUCCCCGUCCCAGCGGACCCUGGGAAGGCUCAGAAGCUGUGUCUCAGGGGAGGGCGUGGGGACUCAGCCACCGCCGGGAGAGCCGCUCGGCGUGGGGAGGGGGCGUCCGGGAGCGCAGGCUCCGCCUCCCACUCCCGCCGGAAGGGAAGGGGAGGCGGUGGCCCGCGCGCAGUGAGCCAGACGCGGCGGCGAGCGCGGCGGGGGCGGUCGGCCCGGGACCGGGUGGCACCCAGCGGGUCGGAGCGGGCUCGCCGCCAACGCGGUCACGUGCGCGGUCCCUCCUCUUGCGCCUGCCUCCCCCGCGCGCCGCGCUCUCCAUUCAUAAAUUCUCCGCCUGCUCCGCGGCCACCGGGCACCGGAGCCCGCCGGGAACGCCGCGCAGCCGCCCGCCCGCCCGCCCCCCAUGGGCCGCGCGCCCCGGCGCUGAGGCCCCUCCUCCUAGCUUCAAAAUGCAGCCCACGCCCACCAUGGCCACGGCCGCCGGCACCGCUGCCACUGUCGCCCUGACCUCGAGGUGGGACAACGCCACCGGCACUCCCACCGCGGAGCCUGACCCCAUCCUGGAUAACUACGUGCUGCUGGUGGUGGUCAUGUCGCUCUUCGUUGGUGGCACGCUAGUGGUGCUGUCCGGCGUGCUGCUCGUGUGCAGGCGCUGCUGGGAGGCCCACCCGCGCUUCAACAGAGCGACGGAGGAAGCGGAAAAGACCGCCACCACCUACCUGGACAAUGGCGCUCGCCCGGCCCAAGACCCCGACUUCAGGGGGGAGGACCCUGAGGGCCAGGACGCGGAGACGGAGCGCUUCCUGUCCACCAGCUCCACCGGCCGCCGGGUGUCCUUCAACGAGGCUGCCCUGUUCGAGCAGAGCCGGAAGUCGCAGGACAAGGGCCGCAGGUACACCCUGACGGAGGGGGACUUCCACCACCUGAAGAAUGCCCGCCUCACCCACCUGCACCUGCCGCCCCUCAAGAUCGUCACAAUCCACGAGUGCGACCUGGGCGAAACUGGCGCAGCCACCCCUCCCCACGCUGCCGCGGCCCCCAAGGCCAACCUCGCCAUCUUCCAGCCCCCGGGGAAGGCCCUCACCGGCCGCUCCGUGGGCCCCAGCUCCGCCCUGCCAGGUGACCCCUACAACUCAGCCGUGGGCCCUGCUGACUUCGAGAUCAGCCCCUUGGCAUCCAGCGACUCCGGGGAAGGCACCUGGUUGGAUCCAGGCACCAGGAGCAGCAAGCCUGCUGGCCCAGGCCCCGUGACGGGGCACAGGGAGGCCGGGCGUGGGGAGGCAGGCCCUGGCUCUGGGGCCGGACCCGUCCUGCAGUUCUUCACCCGGCUGCGGCGCCACGCCAGCCUGGACGGGGCCAGCCCCUACUUCAAGGUCAAGAAAUGGAAGCUGGACCCCAGCCAACGGGCAUCCAGUCUGGACACUAGAGGCUCCCCCAAGCGGCACCAGUUCCAACGGCAGCGGGCAGCCAGCGAGAGCACAGAGCAGGAGGAGGGGGACGCCCCCCACGGGGAUUUCAUCCAGUACAUUGCCAGCGCAGGCGCCGCUGUGGCCUUCCCGCCCCCCCGCCCCUUUCUGGCCAGCCCCAUCAGCCCGUCCCCCACCCUCGGCAGGUAUUUUUCAGUAGAUAGAAGUGCUAGGGGUGGACCUGUGGGCCCCCGCCCCCUGCACUACCCUCCCCCUUGCCCUGGGGAGGGCUCUCCUCACCCUGCAGACGCGGGGUUCCAUGUCUCCGGUUCCACCAGCCCUCCUGGAGGCUGCCGCACUGGGGCCACCUCUCCAGCAUGCAUCCCAAGGGGGAAACAGGGGGAGACAGGGUAAGGGCAGAGGGGCAGGUGGGG